AUGGAGUACAGCAGUGUAGAAUCGUUUGAUCUGAACGGAGUUCAAAUCAAGACUGCUAUCAUUGAUAUAAUGAAUAAGAAGAUGAUUGAUGAGCAUAUAUCGUCUCUCUUGCGCUCUGCAACUGAGAAUAGAACCUAUGUAAUAGGGUUUGAUAUCCAGUUUGUUUUUAACACUAAGACGUACAACCACUAUAAAGCUAGUUAUCGGUCUCGAUGCGCAAAUCUCAACUUCUGUGUUGGACAUUCGUGUCUUAUUAUUAGACUAAGACAAUUUUUUGAUUUUAAUAGAUGGUCAAGCUCCUUUACAUCCGUGCUUAAUCUUCUUACUGUACCGGAUUAUACCUUUGUGGGUGUUGGUAUCAAACAUAAUUUGGCCAGGUUGGAGGAGCAGUAUGGGAUUGGGUGCAUGAAUGCAGUGGAACUAGGACCAUUGGCUGCUAGUCUUAUGAAUAAACCUCGUUUGAGUUAUUGUGGCGUCAAUGAAUUGGCUUUUGUGGUCAAUAAUACUGAUUUAAGGAAGUAUAGGCCUGUAAGCAUGGACUUUGAUUGGGGUAGCGUUCCCCUUAGACCUGAACUUGCUAAACUUGCUACUGUUAAUGUUUACUCUUACUACAAGAUUGGGAACACAUUGCUUGGCUGGGAUGCGUCAUUCCCAUCUGAGCCUUUGUUUGAUGAAUAA